CCCUGUGUUUAUAUUUCAGACAAUACUUAGUAAUGUAGAUUACAUUGUACAGGGGAACAUAAUACCUCAUACCUCUUAGACAGGUGGGAACUGUGCAGAUUUUUCAUGCAGAACAAGCUCUUAAAAUAUGACGCAGCUGCAGUAAAAAUACCCUGCACUAUGAAGUACUGAGACAUAAUGCAACUCAGACCACCAACAGCAACAGCUUACAAACUGCGCAAAUGUACCCCUCGGAAGUGGGCUGAUGACUAUUCUUUAACAUUUAAAUGCAUAUCACGAACACCAGAGUCUAGUUUUCACUGUGACUGCACAAUGCUGACUGGUAAAGGAUUUGAGAGACCAGUUUCCAUCAGUGUUUUAUGCAUUUAAAUCCAAGUAUUUAAAGACUACUUUUCUGCGCAGACCAGCUCACUCACAGUCAUAUCUUUGAGAUUUUGAGCAGGGAUGAAUAUUGUGCACUGUGCUGUUAAUCCAUGUUAGGAUUAGGUAAAGCCUUGGCCACACUGAAACUGGGUUCAAAAUGCCAUGGCAACGACAAGAAUGGGGGCGAUAAAACACUUGAGUAGUGAGCAGCGCAGCGGCUUCUUGUGCCGUACCGGCGAAGGCGAUGCUCUUUCGCAGAAAAUAUGUGUUGUGUGAGAGGUGCCUCCCCGCCUGUUGGGUUCAACUAAUGCGCAUCACGAGACUUUGUGGAUGGAGGGUUAUAUUUAGCCCCUGGGAGAAAAAUCCUCUGAAUGACUGGCUUGGUUUUUGUCAAGGACCUGCUGGUGGACACUUGAGCGUGCUGCAGCAGAGGGUGGACGAAGAAGACGAGGAGGAGGAGGAGGAGGGGGGAUGGCCGCUGUGCAUAAAUACCAAAAUAGGACAGGGUUGAGUUCGACCGUCCUGCAUGAGCUAAAUUGAGGUUCAUGUGUUUUGGGAGAGGAGCGUUCAAAGAGAGGACACUGUGGAGUGUCGGUGUCGGUCAGCACGGUGCAUUCAUGGAAACAGGAUGAGAGGUAACAUGUCGCAUGAGCAGGCCGAAAUCUACACAUACGACUUCUGUGAUGGUGACCAUGCAGCAGAGGUCCUGGAUGCUCUUAGGCAUUUCUACAUCAGUGGUCUGUUUGCCGACGUUACCCUGCAGUGUGGCGAGUCCGGACAGGUGUUUCACUGCCACAAGGCGCUGCUGUCGGCCCGCAGCUCUUAUUUCAAAGUCAUGUUCACAGCGGAUAUGAGGGAGAGGUCAAACAGCGUCAUCAAACUGAACGGGGUGGACUGUGCUGUCCUGGGUGCUCUGGUGGACUAUGUGUACACGGCUCAGGUGCGCAUCACCGAGAGCAGCGUGCAGAGCCUGCUGGAGGCUGCAGACCUCCUGCAGUUUGUUUCUGUGAAGCAGGCCUGUGAGGAGUUUCUCAUUCGCCUCCUGGAUGUGGACAACUGCCUGGGGAUGCACGCUUUCGCCCAGCUGCACCUGUGCCCCGGGCUGGAGAGGGAGGCCCGCAGAGUGAUGCUGAGCAGGUUAACGGAGCUCAUGCUGCAGGAGGAGUUCCUGGAGCUGGACCACGAGAAGAUGAGAUCCCUUUUGGCUGUGACCCUCGCUGUGCAGAGGGAUGAGGUGUUGAUAGAUGCCAUAGCCAAAUGGGUCACACAUGACUUGGAUAAUCGUAUUCAGCAUGCUGCAGAGUUGCUGCACUUCAUCCAUAUGGACCUGGAUGAGAUUUACUUCAAGGCUACCGUGGAGGCGCACAGACAAUGCUUGUUGAAAAGAGAAGGCAAAUUUAAAUCUCUGAUCAUUCAGGCUUUAAGGUCCAAUGGCAAAGAGGUGUCUGCGAACAGAAAAAUGUCUGCCAGCAUGUACGUCAUCGGUGGAUACUACUGGCACCCUCUUUGUGAGGUUCACAUAUGGGACCCUGUCAGCAACACUUGGGUGCAAGGAAAAGAUAUGCCUGACCAUGCAAGGGAGAGCUACAGCGUCAGUUUACUUGGAGCAAAUAUCUAUGUGACUGGGGGUUACAGGACAAACACUGUUGAGGCUCUGGACACAGUGUCAGUUUAUAACUGUGACUAUGAUGAAUGGACAGAAGGUUGCUCCAUGAUCACAGCUAGAUACUACCAUUGCUCUGUGGCGUUGCAUGGCUGCGUAUAUGCUAUCGGAGGCUACAGGGGAGGAGCUCCAGAGCCGGAGACAGAAUUUUAUGAUCCGUUGAAAAAGAAAUGGUUCCCUGUGGCCAAAAUGAUCCAAGGUGUAGGAAAUGCCACUGCCUGUGUAAUGGGAGAUAAAAUCUAUGUGAGCGGAGGUCACUAUGGGUACAGAGGAAACUGCACCUAUGAGAAAAUCCAAGUCUACCGGCCGGAUGUCAACGAGUGGAGCAUCAUUACAAAAAGUCCCCAUCCAGAGUACGGGCUGUGCUCUGUGUCUCUGGAGGACAUGCUGUAUUUGGUGGGCGGACAGACGACUAUCGCAGACUGCUACAAUGGAGACAAAGAUGAAUGGAGAUCAAUAUCAGUGAUGAAGGAGAGGAGGAUGGAGUGUGGGGCUGUGGUAAUAAAUGGUUGUAUUUAUGUAACAGGGGGAUACUCCUACUCAAAGGGGACUUAUCUGCAGAGCAUUGAGAAAUAUGACCCACAGUUGGACUCUUGGGAGAUUGUGGGGACUCUGCCCGGCCCGGCCAGGUCACAUGGAUGUGUUUGUGUUUUCGGUGUUUAGUGUCAAACCCUUAUCACAAAUGUUGUCAUUUUGUGCCAAAUAGAUCAAUUGGUGAACUGUAUUUUGUCAGUGUGUGCAAAUGUAGGCUACACUAUGACACAAGAUGUUAAGUUAGCCUGUGUUGUGCGCCAGGUAAUUGCCUUUAGACAGCUACACGUAGGCCAAACUGUGAACAUAAUGAAGAACAAGCAAUUUCAGUUGAAACUCAGGGGCUUCACAAUUAGCAUUUAAGCUUAUUUUAGGUAUUUAUGUUUUAAUAGAUUGAAAGGAAAGUCUGAAAAAUGAAAGAAGAUAUUUUAGUAUUAAUCAGUCCAUUUAAUAUAUAAACACAGAAUCCACCUCAGACUACUGAUGCACUAUAGGGCACUCCAAGGCUGCUACUUGAUUGAAUAAAUCACUGCUCUAAUAAUGUGAUCUCUGCCUGAAUUAAUGAGUGAAGUCCAAAUGGUGCACAUUGGACAAUCCUUAUGUAAACAGUGACACUAAAGCGGUCACAUAAAGUUCAUCAUGUUGGUU